CUGAGUUCGAACGGCUACAGUAGUGGAGAGCAUGUGCAGCAUUGCAUUUGCUGAGAGGCCAUCUGUGGGGCACUAGAUCCCCUCAGCAGGAGACAAGACCAGACACAGGGGCCUGACUGCAACAGCUUGUGCUUCGUUCAUUCUUCAACGAUGGUGGUGGUCGCAGCUCAGAGAGCUGGCGCUGCCGGCCUGCAAUUGGUCCAGGUGCAACAAGCGUCCUCCGCAAGGCAGUGGCGGAACGACGUGCCCGUAUCCUCUGGUUGCAUAAAUGUGACACGCCCUUCUUCACAUGUAUGUAAUAAAGGUUCCAGAUGUUGUAACUACAAGCUUGAGGAGAGGCGUCUAUUGAGCACCCCCCAGCAUUCGCAACGAUGGGCUCAAUUUCGGAAGGGUAUAUGCUCUAGGAAGGGCCAGCGAACGAGGCCCACAAGGGCUCAGGCAGCUUCAUUUGAGAGCUCGGAUACCAGCGAACAAGGGGCUGCGAGUCAGUCUUCAUCGUUUGCUCGCAUCAGCAGUGUGUUGACGAACGCUUUCCCCGUUUGGGUGGCGCUGAGUUGCGCGUUGGCCCUCUACCGGCCCACACUAUUCACAUGGAUCCAGGGCCAGCUGACCAUUUGGGCGCUAGGCCUGACCAUGCUGGGCAUGGGCACCACUCUCUCUUUCGACGACUUCAAGCUGGCGCUCCGCAUCCCCAAGAGCUUUCUUGCGGGCGUGGCGCUGCAAUAUACUGUGAUGCCCGCCCUGGGCUAUCUGAUCGCCCAUUUCUUAGGCCUCCCCCAUCAUUUCGCUGUGGGGAUCAUCCUUGUUGCGUGCUGCCCCGGAGGUACGGCAAGCAACAUCGUCACCUUCCUUGCACAAGGUAACGUGGCGCUUUCUGUGCUAAUGACGGCAGCAAGUACCUUCCUUGCCGUGGUGAUGACGCCCCUCUUGACGGCCUGGCUGGCGGGGACCCUAGUUGCGGUGGACGCCUGGGGCCUAUUCUCAUCAACGCUCCAGGUCGUUCUGCUCCCGGUCCUCUUGGGCGCCGCCCUGAACCGCGCCUUUCCCCUGGCGACUGCCGCGAUCGGCCACGUGGCGCCCCUCUUCGCCGUCUUCACGGUCGCCGCGAUUUGCGGGAGCGCCAUCGGAGCCAACGCGGCCGCGAUCUGGGCCUCGGGGGCCAGCCUGGCGCUUGCGGUGUUUCUGCUGCACAGCGGGGGAUUCUGUUUGGGGUACACGCUUGCGAAGCUUCUCGGACUGGACGAGUCCUCGGCACGGACCAUCUCCAUCGAGGUCGGGAUGCAGAACUCGGUGUUAGGAGUGGUGCUGGCGACGCAAAACUUCCCCAACCCGUUGACGGCCGCCCCCUGCGCCGUGUCCAGCGUAUGCCAUUCCGUGAUUGCGAGCGUCUUGGCAGGCGUCUGGCGGAUGGCGGAUCGGCGGAAACAUGGGGAUACCGCAGCGGCAGCUGGAACGUGACAAAGUAGGGGCCCGUACAACACACCUAUAUAAUACGUUUGAUGCGAUUUCGCAGCAACGCGCUAUCAAUUGACGGUCAACGGUUGGGAAGUCUUUACGGCCCUCCUUCGAAGCUAAGUUUUUGGGUAUUGCACUGGCACGAGGCUAUCGUGGCAACAUAUAUUGCUGUUGUAUUUAUGCUGCUGUUAUGCCGACUGAACCUCGGAACACAAAAGAGCAAACCGC